AAAAAUGGAAAUGUGUCAUUAAUAGUGAGAUGAUUAAUACUGUUAAUAUUAUUCUUAAAAGAACUCUUUUAUUUUCAAACAAUUUCUUCCUACUAUCCCAUUGUUACUUGAUAACACAUAUUUUUCUCUAUUGAAUAUCUACAUCCCUCCUUAUGUCGUGCAAGACAUGCAUCGGCCAACGUCGUUAUCCUAGCUAUGAGCUCAUACGGACUGAAAGAAACAUCUUUUAUUUUUCUCAAAAAAAAUCAUACGGAGGAAAAUACUUUGGGAGGGAGAGGGACGCAAGAGUAGUUUUAAAAAUAUACCAGAAGAUUUCUUGCGGCCCCCCUCCUGCUCUAAGAGUGGAGUUACGCUCCUGAACUGGUUUGUAUACUUUACAAGCAUUCUUAAAAACGAAACUUAUAUCAUUGUUUGCAUAUAGGUGUAUUAUGGCUUUGGUUACAAGCAAUGUCGAUUAUAAAGAGAGAUCCACGUGAUAUAUUAUCCUGUGGCGGUUAUUAUUCAUGUAUAGUUGGUUCAUCAAUGAUAUCAAAUUUCCUAUUAGCUAAUGGAUCAUUUGAUCGUGUUUUGAUUAUUAUAUUCCCACAUAAAUAUCAAGAAAUUGUUACAAAUAAAAGAGUUCUUUUAAGAAUAAUAUUAACAGUAUUAAUCAUCUCACUAUUAAUGACACAUUUCCAUUUUUCAUUGUAUUAUCAACCAGAAUUGAAAUUAUCUGCUAGAUCGUGUGAAUAUUAUCCAUAUGCUCGUCUCUGGAUUGGACGUAUAUGGCCAAUAGUACACUCAAUUUUGUUUGCAUUUAUACCAUCAUUUAUAAUAUGUACAUGUUCAUUCAUUAUACUUUGGAAUAGAUACCAUCAUAAGAUGAAAACAGUGAAUUCAACAGCAGCAACACGUAUGAAAACGUUAUCAUUGUUAUUGGUUAUAUUUUCUAUUUAUUCAACGCUAACAUUAUUACCAAUAACGAUUUUACAGUUUUUUAGUCAAUAUUUUCUAGAUGAUAACACAAACUGUCGAAAAAUUGGAAUGUGGAAAAUGUUACUUUAUUUAUGUUGUACAUUAAUGGCAAUUAAUUACUCAAAUAAAUUCUAUAUUAAUUUAGUUACAUCAACACAGUUUAGACAAGACUUUCUCAAAUUAGUAACAUUUAAGAGAAAGAAUGUUAAAAACCCAAACAAUCGUUUAAUUGAAAUGUAA